AAUAAAAAACACUUAAUAUAUACUUAAAAGGGCCUUUAUAUAAUAUAUAUAAUUUGCAAGGUAAAACAUGUCUUUUUUAUACUGACGUGUGGAGUUUAUAGCCUACUAACGUGCGUAGUUUGUUACGCUUGAUAUAUAGCGGAUAGACUACAAACAACAUAGCAAGGAAGAUAAGAUACGCUAUCGCUGGAUAUGCACACCACGCAUGGUGACUCCCCUUAAAUAUGUGUACGUCUGCGAUUUAUUUGCACGGACCAGCGGCUGAAUUAGAUUUGUCAGAGAGAGCCCUGACAGUAUUCGGCGAACCCUAAAUAUCCAACAGAAAGAAGAACAAACUAACAAACAAUGCCAUACGAUCACAGCAAGAAUAAAGAAGAAAUCCCCGAUCCGAUUAAGGCGUCAGUCGAAGGCCGCCUCCCUGAUUGGUUGCAGGGUACGCUUGUUCGCAUUGGCCCAGGCAUGUUCUCAGUGGGAGAUACCAGUUACAACCACUGGUUUGAUGGGAUGGCACUAAUGCACAGCUUUACAUUCAAAGACGGGGAUGUAUUCUACAGAAGUAAAUAUCUCCAAGGAGAUACCUACAAAGCGAACAUGGAAGCCAAUAGAAUUGUAGUGUCAGAAAUGGGAACAAUGGCCUACCCCCAUCCAAGCAAAAAUAUACUGUCCAAAGUGAUCAGCUUUCUGUCCCACACCAUCCCAGACUUCACUGACAACUGUGGGAAUAAUAUAAUAAAAUAUGGAAUGGAUUAUUAUGCUACUUCAGAGACCAACUAUAUACGCAAAAUAGACCCUAACGUCUUGGACACACAAGACAAGGUCGACUACCUAAAAUAUCUUUCUGUGAACCUUGUGACAUCACACCCACAUUAUGACAAAGAAGGAAACACCUACAAUAUGGGGACCUCAGUCGCAGAAAAGGGCAAGACAAAGUACAUACUAUUCAGAGUUCCCCCUUCUGCAGAGGAUGGUGCCAAAGCUACACCGGCCUUGAAGAACCUGGAGGUGCUGUGUACAGUGCCUUGCCGUUCCCUCAUGAACCCCAGCUACUACCAUAGCUUUGGCAUGACCGACAACUACUUUAUCUUUGUUGAACAGCCCUUAAAGCUGGACAUCCUUAAAAUGGCCACAGCAUAUAUGAGGCACGUCAACUGGGCCAGCUGCCUCAAGUUUUGCCCCGAGGAAUAUACCUUGAUUCACCUGAUACACAGACAGACUGGUAAGGAGGUGGCAAAGUUCUUCACGGAUGCUUUGGUUAUGUAUCACCAUGUCAACGCAUUUGAAAAGGAUGGUCACGUGGUGUUUGAUGCCAUCACAUAUGCCGACAACAGUCUGUAUGAAAUGUUUUACCUAAAUAUCCUGAAACUGGAAGUGGAGAAACCUGGGAUGUCCGGAAAAGUCUUCACGAAACCACAAUACAAGCGAUUCGCCCUUCCUCUGCUGAAUGACAAGGAGGCCAAAUUCGGAGAUGAUUUGGUAAAGCUCACAUUCACUACAGCCAAUGUCAUAAAAGAGAAAGAGGACAGAUUAUUCUGCCAUCCAGAAAUACUUUGUGAAGGUGUGGAACUUCCCAGAAUUAACUACGACUUCAAUGGGAAAAGGCACAGAUAUGUGUACAUGACCUGUACUGACAUGUCAGCAAUAAGUACAAAGGUUGUGAAGUUUGAUGUUGAAGAAAAGAAGGCUUUGGAGUGGACUGAGGAGAACUGCUGGCCUGGUGAAGCAGUCUUCACUCCUAGACCAAAUGCAGAGGAGGAGGAUGAUGGUGCUGUUUUGAUUGUAGUCAUCAAGCUCAGUUCAAGGGUGUCAGCCUUCCUGCUUGUGCUGGAUGCCAAAACUUUUACAGAGAUCACUCGGGCUUCACUGGAUGUGGAAAUGCACAUUGAUAUGCACGGGCACUUCAUACCUAAGCAAGGCAGCUAAGGUCAUGACAUCAUAGUGAGAGUGUUCCAUUCGGUUUGGUCAUCAAGACGUCUGAAGCAGUGUCUUCUACAGAUGGAGCGAAUGCAGGACAAGUAACAUAAAUGAAAACAACCAAAACUGAAAACUUGUUUUUAUGCAUGGAUUUUCAGACGAAUUAUCCUGGUCAGGGUUACCUAUCUCACGCAGCAUGAGGCCUGGGCUCAUUGACAUCAUGUCUAUCCAUCACAAGGUACAUACAAUCAUAAUCUAUGGACAACUUAGCCUAACUGCAUGUCUUUAGAUUGCAGGAAGAAACCUACAUGAAAUGCAGAGAACAUACAGUCCUUCAACACACAUGGCGGAACUGCUAACCUUAGAGUUGUGAGGCAACAGUGCUGGCCAAUGAGCCACCCACCUAUCUUCAUAAGCCAUUUAAUUAAUCAUCUUUCCAAAAAUAAUAUGCAAUGGAGUUGCCCUGAUUUUUUCUUUCAUCAUUGUACUGUUGAAUGUGCCUCAUGAUAAAUGUGCUAUGUACAGUAUCUUUUUGUAUGUUUAAGUAUCAGUAUAAAUAAACAUUAAGUUCAUUGA